UUCUCGUGAACGCGCGUCAGGCAGGAAUGGCGCCCUGAUUGUAGAUAAACGCAAAUUACUUAUUAAUAUUAUAAGAAAACAGCGAAAAUGCAUAUAAAACAGGUGAUAAUUCAGGGUUUUAAGAGUUAUCGCGAGCAAAUCGUUGUAGAGCCCUUCGACAAACGGCAUAAUGUCGUAGUUGGACGUAACGGUUCUGGAAAAAGCAACUUCUUUCACGCUAUCCAGUUUGUGCUGAGCGAUGAGUUCUCACAUCUCCGACCGGAGCAGCGAUUGGCUCUGCUUCAUGAAGGCACAGGACCGAGAGUCAUCUCUGCCUUUGUGGAAAUUAUCUUUGACAAUUCAGACAACAGGAUACCAAUCGAGAAAGAUGAAAUCUUCCUCCGCCGCGUUAUCGGGUCGAAGAAGGACCAGUUCUUCCUAAAUAAGAAGGUGGUGCCGAGGUCAGAGGUGCUCAACCUGCUGGAGAGUGCUGGCCUGUCCAAUUCCAACCCUUAUUACAUCGUCAAACAGGGAAAGAUCAACCAAAUGGCUAUCGCCCCAGAUUCCCACCGUCUGAAGCUGCUCCGAGAAGUCGCCGGAACUAGGGUCUAUGACGAGCGCAGGGAGGAAUCUGUGACUAUACUUAAAGAAACCGUCGGAAAGGUGGAGAAGAUAAACGAGUUUCUCCAAACGAUCGAAGAGCGUCUGAAGACCCUGGAGGAGGAAAAGGAGGAAUUGAAGGAAUAUCAGAAGUGGGAUCGCGCGCGGCGAGUCCUCGAGUUCAUAAUACACGACACCGAGCAUCGCGAGAACAAGAGGAAACUUGAGGAGUUGGAGAAAGUACGUGCCAAUAGUGGAAAAGAACAACAGCACUACGCAGACAUGGUCAGAGAGGCCCAAGACCAUGUGAGAGAAGCGAGCAGGAAACUGAAAGAAGCACGCAAAGACGUAGCGUCAGCGCGAGAGGAGAAGGACAUUCUCUCCACCGAACAGCAACAGUUACUUCGCGAAAAGACCAAACUCGAGCUUGGUAUCAAGGACCUGAGCGAUGACGUCGACGGCGACAACAAAUCUAAGGAACGCGCUGAGGCCGAAUUGAAACGUCUAAGACAGCAGAUAUCAGAAAAGGAGCGAGAGCUGGAAGCCCUAAAACCAAAAUACGAAGAGAUGAAGGCUCGGGAAGAGGAAUGUACCAGAGCCCUAGCGCUCAACCAGCAGAAGAGGCAAGAGUUGUACGCGAAGCAGGGGCGAGGCACGCAGUUCACCUCCAAGCAAGACAGAGAUAGAUGGAUUGAGAAGGAACUUAAGUCUCUAAGCAAACAACUGAAAGACAAGAAAGACCACGAGAACAAGCUCCGCGAGGACCUCCGCCACGACGGGGUCAAGCUCACGGAUCUCGAGAAGAAGAUAGAGGAGACCACGAAAGAGAUGGAGAGACAGCGGAUCGCUAUCGACGACCAUAACAAGCAGUACUAUGAGUGCAAGAAGAGGAAGGAUCAGGAACAGAGCACUAGAAACGAACUGUGGCGCAAAGAAACUACUCUGACGCAGAAUCUGUCAUCGCUGAAGGAGGAUUUGGCUAAGGCUGACCAGGCUCUGCGUUCCAUGGCCGGAAAGCCAAUUCUAAACGGGCGGGACAGUGUCCGCAAAGUGCUAGAGACAUUCCAACAGCGCGGAGGAGAGUGGGCCAAAAUAGCCUCGCAGUACUUCGGGCCCGUCAUCGAGAACUUCACGUGUGACAAGACCAUUUAUACUGCUGUUGAGGUUACAGCGGGUAACAGACUGUUCCAUCACAUAGUGGAAUCUGACACUGUGGGAACCAAGAUCUUAAAGGAGAUGAAUCGUCAGAGUUUACCGGGAGAGGUUACCUUCAUGCCUCUUAACAGAUUGCAAGUUCGAGACAUGGUCUACCCUAAUGACAAUAACGCUAUAGCCAUGGUGCAAAAGCUAAAAUAUGACCCGAAGUACGCGAAGGCGAUGAAGUAUAUAUUCGGCAAGACGCUCAUCUGCAGGAACCUGGAGUGCGCCACUGAACUGGGCAAGCAGUUCCAUCUCGACUGCGUUACGUUGGAGGGUGAUCAGGUAUCAUCAAAAGGCUCCCUCACCGGUGGCUACUUCAACCAGUCGCGCUCCCGUCUCGAGAUGCAGAAGACCCGCUCCGAGCUGAUGGAGCAGAUCACGGCGCUGGAGCUAGAGCUCAGCACGCUCAGGCAAGAGCUCAACAAGACUGAAGCCAGCAUUAACAGCAUCGUGUCCGAGAUGCAGAGGACUGAGACCAAGCAGGGCAAGGCCAAAGAUAUAUUCGACAAAGUGAAAGCGGACAUCCGACUAAUGAAGGAAGAGUUGGCAUCGAUCGAGAGAUCCCGCGGUCCUAAGGAGCGUUCGCUGGCGCAGUGCCGUUCCAGCCUUGAAGCUAUGCAGGCCACUAAGGAAGGACUAGAAUCUGAGCUUCAUCAGGAACUAAUGGAACAACUUUCGACGCAAGACCAGGGUAAAGUGGACGAGUUGAACGAUGCCAUCCGUCGACUAACUCAGGAGAACAAGGAGGCAUUCAGCGCUAGGAUGAACCUCGAAGCCACAAAGAACAAACUGGAAAAUUUGCUCACUAACAAUUUGAUCAGACGUAAAGACGAGCUGGUCCAAGCCCUCCAAGAGAUAUCCGUCGAGGAUCGCAAACGUCGCCUCGCCAACAGCCAGUCGGACCUCGCGGCCGCCGACAAGCGCAUCAAGCAGAUCAAUAAGGAGAUGGAGGAGGUUGAGAGGAAGGUUCAAGCGGCGGUCAAGAAUGAGAAGGGGUUGAAACUUGAGCUGGAUAAGUGGAGGAAUAAGGAAAAAGAAGCACAAGACAAAAUGGAAGAAGACGCCAAAGGGCUCGAAAAGAUGGCAUCUAAGGAGGUGUUGCUGCAGGAGAAAAUCCAAGAGUCGCUCGACAAAAUCGCCGCACUAGGAACUCUGCCCAACGCGCCUGAACUUCAUGCCAAGUACCAGAAGAUGUCGCUUAAACAGCUGUUCAAAGAGUUGGACAAAGCCAACCAGCACCUCAAGAAAUACAACCACGUGAACAAGAAGGCCUUGGACCAGUUCAUCAGCUUCUCCGAGCAGAAGGAGAAGCUCUACAAGCGGAAGGAGGAGCUCGAUAUUGGCGGCGAAAAAAUCCGUGAGCUCAUCGAAACACUAGAGUACAGGAAACUCGAAGCCAUACAGUUCACGUUCAAGCAAGUCAGCAAGAACUUCACAGAUGUGUUCAAGAAGUUAGUGCCGCAGGGAAGAGGCAGUCUUGUCAUGCGCGUAGCCACCGAAGAUGGACAGGAGGUUAUCUCUGACCGGGCGAACGCCGACCAAUUCACCGGCGUGGGCAUCAAAGUGUCCUUCACCGGCGGGGAGGGCGACAUGCGAGAGAUGAACCAACUCUCCGGAGGACAGAAGUCACUAGUAGCGUUAGCUCUCAUCUUCGCUAUUCAGAAAUGCGAUCCCGCGCCGUUCUACUUGUUCGACGAAAUUGAUCAAGCUCUCGACGCGCAGCAUCGCAAAGCGAUCGCGAACAUGAUCCACGAGCUCUCCGACUCGGCGCAGUUCAUCACCACCACCUUCAGGCCCGAGCUGCUCGAACACGCGCACAAGUUCUACGGCGUCAAGUUCAGAAAUAAGGUAUCCCACGUGGACUGUGUUACUCAGGAUGAAGCGCGCGACUUCGUGGAAGACAGCGUCACACACGCCUGAACAAUCAUUGCGGUUAGACAUUCUGUAUCGAUCUACAGAUGUAUCAUUAGUACAGCUCUGCCACUUGACUACCGGUUGGUUAGGCAGUAGAGCGGUGGUUUACUAAUUGUCAGUAGAAACUUUAUAAUUUUCGAAUUGAUCGAGAAGGAGAUAAGAAAUCGGAGUUAUUCCCCGUGGUUUUCAGAAAAAAUUAAAUACCGCUUAUAAGCAGACACUGUCGUCGCGUUCGCGAGAAAGUUUAUUGAAUCUAGUAUUUUAAAAUAAUUAACAAUCUUCACAGAUGAAAGGAAUAAAAUGUUAGUGAUUGAAAUAUGAAUUAAUAUAAAUUGUUCUUUUCUGUCACAAGUGCGUGUUAUGUUAAAUGUUUGCUCAGCUGAUUGGGCUUAUUAUGAAUGUGUUUUAAGUAUUCCUUUGUUUUAUGGCACAACGUUGUCUUGAAAUUUUUACAUAAACAGUGCACUGUUUAUGUAAAAAUGGCCUCAAAAAUAUAACUGCCUCUGCCUCUAUGUAAAAGCAUCGUGUUUUUAUGAUAGUUAACGUCAUUCAAUGUCAGUCUUACAAGACUUCAUAGCAGGGAUCGAAUACCGGUAUUAUUUUCAUACAAAUUAACCUUUCGGUAUCUCGGUUUUUAUAUGUAUAUUUAGCUAGUCUGAUAAUUCAUUGACCUUACCUAAAUACCAAUUUAGAACAUCAAAGCAAUAUUUGCGGAUUUAGGGCGUAAUUUUGAUUUUUAGUUAUACCGGUAACGAUCCCUGCUUCAUAGACGACCUAGGUACAUUUAGUCGGACUAAUAAAGAAAAUAAUUUCGAAUUUGGAGUUUAUCUCGUUCUAGUAAGGUUUACACAUGGUAAAAAUGUGUCAGUCUCGCAUUUUAAGAAGUACCGAAUGAAAAUCAUUACACACAAGUAAAGAAGUAUGGACAAAGGAUUUCGAAAUUUAAAAUUGUACUGACAGUUUCAUGUCUCCACGCACACAACAACACGUAUUGUUGUGUGCGUGACUUCUUUACGAUGUGAUCCAACAAUGUUUAUGUGAAUUCUGAAUAAUGCCGUCGCCAUACUAACGGGAAACGCGUUGAUUAUCGCGAUAAUGAACACUUUUCAUACGGUCACUCUGGUAUUAUCGCGAUUAGUUAGUGUGGCCCAGGCAUAAGGAAAUAUAAUUGUUAGUCUGACUCCCCUGCUGAGUAUGGACUCAAAUUAUGUUUUCUAAUUUUUGACCAUUUAAUUUUAAAAUACCCAAUAUUGUAGGCAGUGAAUAGUUGACCAUUGAUCCAAGUUUUAUAUUCGUAAUAUUUUAUUUGAUUUAAUUUAAAUACUUAUGAUUUAUGAUAGACAUGUUUUAGAGGUAAUUUUGGUAAUCAAGGGUAUAUAACCCUUUAUGGCAAGUCUGCAGAAGUUUUAAAAUUUCAUUGGUUUUCUUUGUUUAAAAAAAAAUCCCAAUUCUGUAAACUUGUCAAAAUAGUGGUACCCUCAAGUUAUCAUAUGACAUCGCAGACGAUCAGUGGUAUUGAAAUAAAUCUAUUGUCGACGUUAGAAUAAAU